UUCUGUUCGAACUCCACUCGAGUCGGUUUUUGACUUGUAAUCGUUGAAAAAAAAAUUCAAGAAAUCAUUGUUAAAUCAAAGCGAAAUGGCAAAGGCUCAAAUUGUUAACAUUGUCGUUCUUGACAAUCCUUCAUUAUUUUUUAAUCCAUUUCAAUUUGAAAUUACAUUCGAAUGUAUUGAAGAUCUAAAGGAUGAUCUUGAAUGGAAAAUAAUUUAUGUUGGUUCAGCUGAAAGUGAAGAUUAUGAUCAAGUUUUGGAUACAGUGUUUGUUGGGCCCGUACCAGAAGGACGACAUAUGUUUGUAUUCCAGGCUAAUGCACCGGAUCCAUCAAAAAUACCUGUUGCCGAUGCUGUCGGUGUUACCGUUGUGCUGUUGACAUGUUCAUAUCGUAGUAAAGAAUUUGUUCGUGUUGGUUAUUAUGUUAAUAAUGAAUAUAUGAAUCCUGAGCUACGUGAAAAUCCACCAUCCGUACCACAAUUUGAGAAACUUCAACGUAACAUAUUGGCCACUGAUCCGCGUAUAACAAAAUUUAAAAUUGAUUGGGGUGAUGAUGUCGAUGAUGAUGUUAAUGAUAAUAUCGGUAAUAAUGGUGGUAAUAAUGAAAACAAUUCAUUCGAAAGAUGUUCUACAACAAAUGGAACAUAUAAAACAAUGAUGGAAAAAUGUGGUUUCCUCGAACCAUCAUCAAAUGUUAAUGGUACAACAAUAACAACAACCAAAAGUGAUAUGAAUAAUUCGAAUUGUUUCAUAUCUGAAGAUAGCAUUGGACCAUUGAAUCCGGUUUCAUUACAACAGCAACAGCAAGAUAAUCCAAUGGAAAUAUAAACACGAUUGGCUGAAUCGAUCAAAAUUAAAUUGGAUUAAUGAUUAUGUCAAACAAUUUAACCUAUUUAAGUUAAUCAUUUUCAAUAACCAUGUGUAAAUAUCAAUUAAUCUUGAAUAGAAAUAAAAUUCAUAAUUUUUAAAUGAA